UGAAUACAUGCGAUGAGUCAACGAACCUCACGAAAGAUGAAGGAGUCUGAUUCACAUCAUAUGUACAACCAUCUCUCUCGUCAGUCGAUCAUCUCCUCGUCCUCCUCAUCCAUCAUCUGCUCAUCACGAUCAGCAGCUGCUGCUGCCGCUGCCGCUGAUGCUGAUGCUGAUGCUGCUGCUGCGGCGGCGGCGGCGGCCACCCUACCCUUCCCUCCUCUGUUGCCCCCCCCACCACGGUUCCUCCCUCCUCUGUUGCCCCCACCACCACCACCGCCGACCCCUCCGCCCCUCUUGCCCCCUUUGGCUCCUGUGACGGUGGGUGCCAUGGUCGUGUGGUUGUUGCGCGGCCGCUUGGUGCCCAUCACGGGCUCUUCCUCAUCGUCCUCCUCACCACCGCCACCAUACGCCAUCACCUCGCUGCCCUCCGAGUGUUGGUGCGCACGGAUUGAUCCUCGCUGCGGAGGUGCCUGCAGCCAAACAUGUCAAUCGCUGAUGCAUCUGACGCCCUCCCAUGCACAUUCCCACGUGCUCUCAUCUGACCAAUUUGCGUUUGACGCCAUGUUUGGGGGCGCUCUUGGGCUUGGUGCUGCCCGGCAGAGCCAGCAGCACGGUGGUGGUCGGAGGCUCACUCAUCUGAUAGUUGUUCCAGAAGAAGCCCAUGACGGGGGCGGAGAAGACCAGCUUGGGCCGGGCCUCACACCGUGCUGGCCAAGCUGGUUGUUGGGAUGGUCGUCCUUCAGAUUGACGAGAUGAAGGACCUACACCCAACAAGGAGACAGACAGACAGGAUGACAACAGAUAUCCAUCCCCGCCCAUCUGUUGGUGUGGCCGACCUGGUUGUCGACGAUCAGUUUGGUCAGUUUCUUCUGCAGGGAUACGUAGGAAUGGCUCAGAAGGAAGAGCCCCGGCCCACGCUCGAUCGCCUGCCGGCUGGCAUGACACCAAUACACCCGCGUCGCCCCACAAACAGCCUGCCGAAUCACGCAUACAAACAAACACGAAACAGAAAACGAUACCUGCAUGAAUAGCGGCCUGGCCUGGUCUGUCCGUGCAGACAUGCAUUACCAUUGCCAGCACCCCAUCAGCCGACUCCCCCGCAUACACCGUGCAGCCCCGCGUCAUGCCCAU